GCACGCAGAUGACACGGACGGUACACAGAGCACGCUCCACAGUCGACACCAGCCAUUCUCCUCCCUCUUCUACGUACGACACCCAGCCAGCUGCAGAAGUGGCGGCGGAAGAUGGAGACGAAGCGGGUCGAGGAGGCGAGCAGGAGGCAGGCGUCCUACUCCAGGCGGCGGUCGGGGAUCAUGAACAACGCGCGGGAGCUCGCCGUUGUCUGCGACGCCCAGGUCGCCAUCGUCAUGCUCUCCGCCACCGGCAAGCACCACCACUUCUGCAGCGACGGCGCCGACAUCAAGGGGGUCCUUGACCGCUACCAGCAGGCCACCGGGACCAGCCUCUGGACCGAGCAGUAUGAGGAAAUGCAGCGCACGCUGAGCCAUCUCAAGGCCGUCAACCGGAACCUGCGCACCGAGAUCAGGCAAAGGAUGGGUGAGGAUCUGGACGCGCUGGGGUUCGGGGAGCUGCGCGGCCUUGAGCAAAGCGUCGACGCCGCUCUCGAGGUGGUUCGUCAGAGGAAGGCACGCACGCACGCACAGACUCUAGCUGCUGGUUAAUUGUUUUCUUCUUUGGCUCACUCAUCUGCUGUGUGAUCCGGCCGUGCAUUUUUCGUAUGCUAGCUCUUUGGUAGAUGUAUAUAAGCUAGUUCCACAUCUCCUGUCUAGUAGAG